CUGGUCAUGUGACUCUAGGUGGGAAGGUCAUAUGACUCUGCAGGGAUCCUGCUUGCCAUGAGAUGCUCUCUGUAGAGCUCAGUGAGUGCUCGUAGCUUGGUAAAGAUACACACGCACACUGCAAGCUCACUAUACAGAGAGAAUAGACACACAACAAUGGGGCUCGGAGUGAUCACCUCUAAAACAUUCCUGUGUCUUCUCAGCUUGAUUUACUUGGCUUCCGCAUCAGGACUGUUUUACGUUGCGUUGAAAGUUAUCCUGACCUACAGACAAUAUGCCGAAUUCCUUGGGAACUACUAUGUAACUCUUCCAGCUGUUGUCAUCCUAUUUAUCGCUGUUAUCAUGCUCAUCAUUGGCUUCUUCGGCUGUUUCGCUAUAGUUCAGGAAUCCAGCUUCGGAUUGGGAUGUUUUAUGUUCUUGACCUCAAUCAUAUUUGCUGCUGGAAUAACUGGCCUUGUUUUAGGGCUUAUCUACAAGGAUAAAAUAGACCCAGAACUGGACGAGAACAUGAACAAGCUUUUCCAGGAAUACGAUGGAAAAAGUCCACAGAGCUCGCCAGUCGAUUUUAUGCAAGAACAGCUCCAGUGUUGUGGGGUAAAGAAUUACACAUUCUGGCAUAACAGCACAUGGCAAAUCGCCAGCAAAAAUAACUCUGUGCCUUAUAGCUGCUGUAGGAAGAAUGCAACCAAUUGCACUGGAAACCUGACCAACAUGGAGAAAAUUAACACUGCGGGCUGCGAAGAUAUUCUGGAGACUCUGGUUCACAAAGUCCUUGAAUAUUCACUGUAUGUUAUACUUGGAUUUGCAGUGCUAGAGUUUUUUGGAUUAAUAAGCAUUUGUGUCAUAACUUGCCGGGGUUCCCGAAAUGGAUACCAGCUACUUUGAAGUGUGCCUUGGAAAAAAUAUGCAGAUUUCCAUUUCUAAGAAUCAGCAUUGUUUGCAUGUUUUUUGCUGGCAAUUUGAAAUUGCAUUAAGUUGCUACAAAUGGAUGUAUCUCCUUUUGUGAACCCUGAAAUGACCUUCUGUAUAGUAAAGGGACCAGUUGCUAAAUUAAUAAUGAUUUAUUCUAAGUACUUUGUGUGUAUAUAUAA